UUUUUAAAACGCAGCGUCGUACGGUUGCAAACCAGGCGGAGAAGCCGACGCCUUGAGCAUUGCUCAACGUAAGAACUCAAACUUGAAGCCCCGCCGAGGAAAAAACGACCCCGCGCGCAGGCGCACGCCGUCCUCCGCCUGCCCGCCCGUCCCGCCCUCUGCCCCUGCUCCGCCUCCAGCCCCGCCCCCUUCUCGACCCCGCCCCUCCCCACGCGCGAUUCCUCGCAUCUUCCGCACAGGCCGGCUUCACCUCUGCCUGCACUGCGCCCUCCCGGCGUGGGGCGUCGCUGUAUCGGUCUGCGCGCUCGACACAGAUACCUCCGGCGCUCGGGCGGGGGCGGGAGGCGGAGCGAAGGCGUAGGGGCGGCGUCACCGCGGGCUUGGGGCGGCCGGCGGCUAGCGGAGGCGGCCGAGUCGGUGGUCCUGGCGUGAUGGCUGCCUCGGUGUUCUGCUGCCUGCGGUGCUGCAGGGACGGCGGGACGGGACACAUCCCUCUGAAGGAGAUGCCGGCGGUGCAGCUGGACACGCAGCACAUGGGAACAGAUGUUGUCAUUGUAAAAAAUGGAAGAAGAAUAUGUGGAACAGGAGGUUGUUUAGCCAGUGCCCCUUUACAUCAAAACAAAAGCUACUUUGAAUUCAAAAUCCAGUCCACAGGAAUAUGGGGUAUUGGCGUCGCAACUCAGAAAGUUAACUUGAAUCAGAUUCCUCUUGGCCGAGAUGCCCACAGUCUGGUGAUGAGGAAUGAUGGAGCCCUAUACCACAACAACGAGGAGAAAAAUAGGCUGCCAGCAAACAGCCUCCCACAGGAGGGAGACGUGGUGGGUAUUACAUAUGACCAUGUAGAAUUAAAUGUAUAUUUGAAUGGAAAAAAUAUGCAUUGUCCAGCAUCAGGUAUACGAGGGACAGUGUAUCCUGUUGUUUAUGUUGAUGACAGUGCAAUUUUGGAUUGCCAGUUCAGUGAAUUUUAUCACACUCCUCCACCUGGUUUUGAAAAAAUAUUAUUUGAACAGCAGAUCUUCUGAGUGUAUUUGUUUUUGAAACUUGUGUUUCUGCACUUUUAAAAGUGUUUACCGUUUAAUAAAGCUUUACCUGACCUGUAGAUGAAAAUAUAUUCUUAAAAAUAUGCUUGUUAAUGUUGUUUAAGGAACCAGUGUAUUCAAGAUACCAUCUGGAAGUUGUGAUUUAAAAUACUUCUGUUCUGUGAGAUGAAAUCUGCAUUUUGGACAGUUUAUUUAAUUGUUAUUUAAAUAAAUAUAACUGUGGGUUUGAUUAACAGUAUUAAGUAGAAAUAUGUAUAUAGAUAUUUAAAAGGGAAUCUUUCUUACGUAAAGUAUUUGUUUUUAUAAUAGAGAUGUAGCGUUGGGUGGGUUUUUCUCAUUCUGAAAUUUAGACCUCAUUUUAAGUCUGCAGUCUAAUAAUUUUGUGUCUCGGUGUUCUUUUUUAUACAGAGGAUAACAAAGUGACAGAAAAUAUAUCAUUGGGAACUUCUUUUUUGGUGAUUUAUUUACUGUAAAACGUACCACUUUUCUUAAACUUUAAAUUGUUUAUUUUGUUUGUCAUUGCUUUUGAUUUGCUUUGUGAAAGGAGAUAAAUGUUUCAGUAAAUGUCAGAGCAUUUUGUUGAAGACCA